CGCGCAUUGCCCCUUCUGGCGCUUCAUUAAUCAUUCACGGACGUUGUGGCGAGGAGGAGCUGAAUUAUCACCGCGAAUGACUCAACAUGCAAAUACGCACCGACUGCAAAACUUUCUCGUCAGCAUCUUCUGGGGCAAGUGGUUAACAUUGCAACCAGAUAUUUCAGCGGGAGUUGAGGGCGCAAAGUCCGGCCGUCGGUGGGUUUAGCUCCGGGAUUCUACCUCACUUUCCGGUCACCAUGAAGCGGCGGCAGAAGCGCGUGCUGCAGAUGGCCUUCGUGUUCACCGUGGCGCUGAUAUUUCUCCCGAACGUCGGCCUAUGGUCUUUAUACCGGGACAAACACCUGAUGAAGUCUCAUGAGGUCGGUGAGCAGGGUUUCUCUCUAGGCGUAGGGGGGGAGGACCAGGUCUUCAGCUGGACUGACGGUCUCAGGAGGAGAGACUGGCACGACUACGACAGCAUCAGGAGAGACCAGCAGCGCGUAGGUAAAGGAGAGCAUGGGAAGCCCUAUCCCCUGGCUGAGGAUGAGUGUGAUGAGUCAGCCUACAAGGAGAAUGGCUUCAACAUCUACGUCAGCGACCACAUCCCCCUCGACCGCUCUCUACCCGACAUCAGACACCCCAACUGCAGACAGAAGCUGUACCUGGACAGGCUUCCCAACACCAGCAUCAUCAUCCCCUUCCACAACGAGGGCUGGUCCUCCCUGCUCAGGACCAUCACCUCCAUCUCCAACAGGACCCCCGACCACCUCAUCCACGAAAUCAUCCUGGUGGAUGACUACAGCGACAGAGAGCACCUGCAGACCCGUCUAGAAGACUACAUGUCCAAGUUCCCUAAAGUGCGCAUUGUCAGAACCAGGAAGAGGGAGGGGCUAAUCAGGACACGCCUCCUGGGGGCGUCCGUGGCGAGGGGAGAGGUGCUUACUUUCUUAGACUCCCACUGUGAGACCAACAUUAACUGGCUGCCUCCACUACUGGACCAGAUAGCCCAGAACUCCAGGACCAUAGUGUGCCCCAUGAUCGAUGUGAUAGACCAUAACCACUUUGGCUACGAGGCGCAGGCUGGAGACGCCAUGAGGGGAGCUUUUGACUGGGAGUUGUACUACAAGCGCAUCCCUAUACCUCCUGAGCUGCAGGGCUCAGACCCCAGCCAGCCCUACCCGUCUCCAGUGAUGGCCGGGGGUCUGUUUGCAGUGAACCGCCAGUGGUUCUGGGAGCUGGGAGGGUACGACACGGGGCUGGAGAUCUGGGGGGGAGAGCAGUACGAGAUCUCGUUCAAGGUCUGGAUGUGCGGAGGGAGCAUGUACGACGUCCCCUGCUCCAGAGUGGGACACAUCUACAGGAAGUACGUUCCAUAUAAGGUCCCAACAGGAACCAGCCUGGCCAGAAACCUGAAGCGUGUAGCAGAGACGUGGAUGGAUGAGUACACAGAGUUCAUCUACCAGCGGCGGCCCGAGUACCGCCACCUCUCCACUGGGGAUCUGACCAAUCAGAAGGCCAGGAGGAAGCAGCUUGGCUGUAAGGGCUUUAGGUGGUACAUGAACACGGUGGCCUGGGACCUUCCUCGGUACUACCCCCCUGUAGAACCAGCUGCUGCUGCCUGGGGAGAGAUCCGCAGUGCAGCAUCAGGCCUGUGUGUAGAUGCUAAGCAUGGCUCUACAGGAGCUGAGGUGAGACUGGACACCUGUCUGAAGGAGGGGGAAGAGCGCACCUGGGCCCACGAGCAGAUCUUCACAUUUGGCUGGAGGGAGGACGUCCGUCCAGGAGACCCUCUCCACAGCAGGAAGCUGUGUCUGGACGCUGUGUCUCAGACCAGCCCUGUCACUCUGUAUGACUGCCACGGCAUGAAGGGCAACCAGCACUGGAGCUACAGACAGGACCUGUCCCUGUUCCAUAGAGUGAGCAGUGGCUGUAUGGACAGCUCUCCAGCAGACAGGAGGAUUUUCCUCCGGCCCUGUGACCCCUCCUCCCAGACCCAGAAGUGGCUGUUCCAGAGAGUCAACACCACCGUGCUCCACAAACUCAACAUCAUGGACCCGCCAACCUCCUAGGACAGCCAACCAGCUGCCUCCCUGGACCCUCUAAGGGGUGGUCCAGCCAAUCAGAAGCCUGCUAACAGAAGGAGGGGGAGGUCUGUCUGUUCUGCCCUAGACUCCUCCCCCUGGGGUCUGAUCUACAGUAAAGGAGGAAGGCUGCAUUGACUUACUGUCUACCUGUCCUGCAGCCUGCUGGGAUAUGUAGUUCUCAGAAGAGUAGGAGCAGGCCAGCUAGGAGGGUGUACCUGGCUCAGGAACUCAGAAUCUUCUAGAAGGUUAUAUCCUGCUUCACUAGGGGUUAAAGGUAAAAAGGUAAUUAGGUCUUGUAGACUGGAUCAGAGAUCUCUCUAUACCUCUCCCUCUUUCUCUCUCUCUCCACAGCAUGGGUUGCCCCUACUGGAACCAGGG